UUGUAGACAAAACAUAUAUCGCUUUCUGAUAUUUGCCUUCAGUUGUGUUUGCUUUAUGGCUCUGUCUCUAACACUGCAAUGGGGCAUAUACCAAAGCAAUUAUAAGAAAAAGAUGAAUGAAGUUAGGGGAAAACAGACAACUGACUUUAACUCUUGUUUUCUGUUCCUCUUAUUUUUGAAUAACUGUGUCUUUAGUGAUUUAUCAGCAAAGAAAUGGAAGUAACAAUAAUAUUGUUUCUUGUUUCCUUUCAUUUCUUUAUUAGAGUUGUUUCUCCAUGUCUAGUUUAUACAAUAUAUAUUUCCUUUAUUAUUGGUUCAAUAUAAAUGGUUCUUUAUAAAUGUUUCAUUACUAUGAAGCACAUACGGGGAUAAAGAUAUGAGAACUUGAAUACUAAUUUGUUGAAGUUACGUAUUUUUGUUAAAAAGAAAAAGUCUAGGAGAUAGAUACAAAUUAUGCUAUAAUGAUGCUAAAUGUAAUUUGCUAAAUCUAUGGGGAAAAAAAAGGUAUAAAAUGUCAAGUUAAUGGCAAUAGUAAACAAAUACAAUAAUUGAAAUAUAAUACAAAAAAGCAACAUAAAAAAUAUUGAAGUGAAUAAAGAAUGUUGGAAAAUGAGGAAUAAUAUUAAGAAAGUUGUAAUUUGUAUUUUGGGUUUGUAGACCAUUUAAUUGUAUACAGUUUUGUGUGUGAUUGGGACAUAUGAAUUUGAGACUUAGGAAGGUUAAAGUACAAAAGCAUUAUGAGAUUUGUACUUACUCUGCCAUGAGAUAUUAUCACAUCACAACGUCUUUGUCUUAGAAUCGCUUUGAUCAAGACUUCCAAAAUCUUUAGCCUCAUAUGAUUCCUUGCCCUCAAAUGCUUUACUGUGUGUGUGUGUGUGUAUUUUAAGAAAACUAGAAAAGAAAAAAAAAAAGUUAUCUUUUAGGUGUUUUCUUAAUCUAUUUUUACCAAUUUCUUAAAUUUUGUUUUGUUAUCUAUAUCUACAUGAUUUUAAAAAAAAAGAAAAUAGUUUAUUUCUUAUUGUUUUAUAUGGUUAGUUGAGAUAAUUUGGAAUUCAAUGUUACAAACCAAAAGGGAUUGUGUUUAAUGUUGUCAAAUAUGUUUGGUGUAAAAAGAUUUAGAAAAAUGGAUCUCAAAUAUAUAUAUAUAUAUGUUUGGCAAAGUAGAAAUUGAAAAUGAGUUUGGGGAAUUAAUAAAUGAUUUAAGUGAAAGUAAUAAAAAUGGGGAAAGAGAGAAAAGGGGUGGGAAAGGAUAACAAAAACAGUUGCAUUUGGGAAAUGGGGUUAGUUUGGAUUGGCUGAUUGCAUGGAUAACUCAUUUGUGGGUCCCUCACCUUAUGGAUUUCCCUUUCUUUCUCUCUUUCUCUUCUUCAACUCUUUGUUUUUAUCUACAAAUAACCGCACUCUGCACUGCACUGCACUGCACUGCACUUCCCUGCACUGCCCCCUGCCUUUUGCUUUUCUACUUCCUCUUCUUUCCAUAUUUACCCCUUCUCACUUCUCAUAUUCACCCAUUCCUCCCUCCCUCCCUCCCCCAUCUAAUCUCUUGGUUAACAACCAUCUUCCAAUUUUAGCUUUUUCUAUUUCAUUAUUUAAUAUGUUUGACGCUAAACUUCCUUUUAGAGAAUAUAUAUCACUUGUAACUAGUUCAAUUAUAAGCAUGUUGGUGGUAGUGCAUCAAUUUUAUUUCCUCUUCCUUGCUUCUUUUUGGACUGAAUUGAGUGGAGUAUGUAUGAUGAAGAGAUGGGGAGAGACAUAGAUAGGUGUAUGACCAAAUUUGUUUUUGUAAAUUUAAUAUGAAGCCAAAAGGAAGGAAGGUGAUAUGUAUUUAUUUGUUAUUUAAAAAAAAAAAAAAAAGGAAGAAGAGUAAGGGCAUAAUUGUAAAUAAGGUGAAAAGGGAGAGAGAAAAAAAGAAAGAAAGAAAAGAGAAGAGAGUUAGAGUAGGAGUAGAGAUCACGCAGCUUUGUAUCAGAAGAAAAAAUUUAAAAAGGAAAAAAAAAAAAAAGAAGAAAUACGGAGAUUAUGAAGUGGGCCCUCACCUACUCCUUCCUCUCUAACAAACUCUUUCAACUUACAACCUUUCUCUUUCUUCUUCCUUCUUCCUUCUUCCUUCUUUAUAUAAACUUCCUUCCUUCCUCCUCCUCCUCCUCCUUAAUCUUCCUUUUCAAACUCUCUCUCUCUAAACUAAUUCCAUUCCAUGGAACAACUACUCAUCUGAAUUCUCACCACCCCCAUACCUUCCUUCUGAUUGAGAUUAAAAUAAAAAAAAACGAAAGCACACUUGAUUUCGUACCAAAAUAUGUAUGAAGAAACUGAGUGUUCUGAUCCCAACUCCAUCUCACCUGAAACAAUGCCCCAUAUUUCUGCUUUCCCUAAUUCAUUUCCUCCUCCCCUCAUUGCCCAACAAACCCAUCCCAAUUUUCAUCACAAUAAUAAUCUCAAUCUUUCCAUCGACCACAUUUCUUACCAUCACCACUCUACCGCCCUCCAACCUGCAGACGCUAUGGAGCUUGACUUUCAACAAGCUGCGGCCGCGCCCACACCAGGGUUUGAUCAAGAACUAACUUCUGAUUCCAAUCCCAUGCUCUGUCUUGAUCAAUCCAACUGGGUUGGAACUCAAAUUCAAGAAAUGGGGUUUAAUCACAACCAUGUUCAAUCUCAAUUUUCAGAUUCCGCCAUCCCCCCCACUCCCUAUACUCAACCUCCUGACCUCUUGAACUUCUUAAACAUGCCGCCCACCGCUAGAUGCUCUAACAACUCUUCCAUCUCCUUCUCCAAUCUUCACACCCCCGCCAUGGGAGCCUUUCUUGGAGACCUUCCCCCCGGAGACGCUCCCAACUCAUCCUCCACUUCGCUUUCAAUACUCUACGACCCUUUGUUUCACCUGAAUCUUCCGCCUCAGCCCCCACUGUUCAGGGAACUGUUUCACUCUCUUCCUCAUGGAUACGGUAUGCCGGCGGCCAGUUCCAGAGGGCGAGGAGGGAGUUUGUUCCCGGAAGGAUCAGAGAUAGUGGAGAGAGAAGGAACUGCCGGAGUUUAUGAAGACGGCGAUGGAAGUGGAGUUUUGGAGUUUAGUAGAGAUAUGGCGGAUUGUAUUGGGAAAAGAAGAGAUGGGAAAAUGACUAAACAUUUUGCCACUGAACGCCAAAGAAGAGUUCAAUUGAAUGACAAAUAUAAAGCUCUCAGAAGUUUGGUUCCUAUUCCUACUAAGAAUGAUAGAGCAUCAAUAGUGGGAGACGCCAUAAAUUACAUCCAAGAGCUUCUAAGAGAAGUGAAGGAACUGAAACUACUGGUGGAGAAGAAGAGAAGCAGCAGAGAGAGGAGCAAGAGGGUUCGGACAGCGGAGGAAAUAGAACAGGGCGGCGGCAGCGGUGGCGGAGGCGGUGGUGGAGGCGGCGGUGGCGCGUGGGAUGUAGAGAGCUCAAAUGCAAAGGGAGGAGAGGGAGUAGUAGAGGAUCAAAGAUACAAUUUGAGAAGUUCAUGGCUGCAGAGGAAGACAAAAGAUACUGAAGUUGAUGUGAGAAUUGUUGACGAUGAAGUUACAGUAAAGCUUGUGCAGAGAAAACUCAACUGCUUGUUGCUUGUUUCUAAAUUGCUUGAAGAUCUUCAGCUUGAUCUUCACCAUGUCGCCGGCGGCCACAUCGGUGAUUACUACAGCUUCUUGUUCAAUACCAAGAUAUAUGAAGGUUCAUCAGUGUAUGCAAGUGCCAUAGCCAAUAAGGUUAUGGAGGCAGUGGACAGACAAUACAACAACACAUCGAUUUCUCCACUCACCAAUACCUAUUAAUUUUUAGUUUUUCUUUUUCUUUUUUUUCUUUUUUUUGGUGAUAAAAAGGUGAUAUUUACUAUGACAACUAAACCAUACCCUAAGCCCUAAACGUUCUAAUUUCUGAUCUUUAUUUUCUAUUACUAUUAACAUAGUUGUUGGUCCCAUUAUCUUACAUGCAAAAUUCAUCAUUUCUUACCUCUUCUCUAAUAAAAACCUCUCUUUAGUGUUUACCUUCGGCCACAAUGACUGUUGGCUCCUUAAUCAAACUAGUUUAAUUAUAAUUUUUUUCCUUUA